CCCCCCACACGGUUUAAAUCCACUCCAUCCGCGCACACCAUUUAAAACACGCCGUCCUCCUCCUCUCAUAAAAGACUCUGUCCGCUGGAGGAGACCAUCACGCCGCGGCACUAUCGCUGCUUGCAGGCUAUAAAGCAUGCUCUGUGGGACACGGCUCAUGUAAGACAGACUGGGGACACCCAUCCGAGUCAUCGAGUCACUCGGUGUCCGCGGAUGUGCGCGCUAAGGAGCUGCAGAAUCCGCGACUAAAAAGCUGGGUCGCGAUCGAUCCAGCGUCAACCCCUUUCUUUUUGGUCUCCUCCUCCCCCCUCCUGCAUUGAGAAGCACAGGGGGAAGGCGCCCAGCAUCCCUGCAUCUCUCCGCCGCUGUCCUUGCACUCCGGCUCCAUCGGAGCAGAGAGGACCUCCUUCCCUCCACACUAGAGCGCCUUACAUCCGUAACGUUCCUCAAAAUCGAAGGCCCAAACAAAGCAUCCUACGCACUCCUGACGUGUGAAAAGCGGCCCGUGGCCCACCCGAGAUUAAAAAGAAGGAGCCGCCCCACCGCCCCCCCUCCCAACAGCCGUCGCCAUGGGGAAACAGAACAGCAAGUUGCGGCCAGAGAUGCUGCAGGACCUGAGGGAGAACACCGAGUUCUCUGAUCACGAGCUGCAGGAGUGGUACAAGGGUUUCUUAAAGGACUGUCCCAGCGGAACGUUGAACGUGGAGGAGUUCAAGAAGAUCUACGCCAACUUCUUCCCCUACGGCGACGCGUCCAAGUUCGCCGAGCACGUCUUCCGUACGUUCGACACCAACGGCGACGGCACAAUAGACUUCCGGGAGUUCAUCAUCGCCCUGAGCGUGACGUCCCGGGGCAAGCUGGAGCAGAAGCUGAAGUGGGCCUUCAGCAUGUACGACCUGGACGGCAACGGAUACAUCAGCCGCGAGGAGAUGCUGGAGAUCGUACAGGCGAUCUACAAGAUGGUGUCCUCUGUGAUGAAGAUGCCAGAGGACGAGUCCACGCCCGAGAAGAGGACGGAUAAGAUCUUCAGACAAAUGGACCUCAAUAAUGACGGCAAGUUAUCCCUGGAGGAGUUCAUCAAAGGUGCCAAAAGCGACCCCUCCAUCGUUCGGCUACUCCAGUGCGACCCCAGCUCGGCCUCCCAGUUCUGAACACAAAAAAAAAACCCCGCUCGGUGCCCCCCCCCAGCCUCUCUGUUGCUACUACAGCGGUCGUUGACAGAUAAAUGCAUGAUGGUUUCUCUCAUAUCACUCGUUUUUAUGACUAUUAUUCUACUUAAAUGUCUGCAAAGGGAUUUAAGAUCUCAUGUUAUGAUUUAUUUAUUUUUGUAUAUUUUAGAAAUUUCAAAGGGACAUACGUUUUGAUGAGUCAACAGACCGAAAUAUCUCUUUCUGUCUCUCUCUGGAACAUGAGGUGUCUCAUCCAGCGCACCCCCCCACACACACACACGUCUGUAUAUCGUGUAUAUAUAUUCUGUAUGUCCAAUGUGUACCAUACUAUGAAGCUCACUGCUGUUUUUGUGUACACACUCUUUGGUAUUUGCAAGGCAGUAUUAUGUAGCGGAUCCCCAUGGGGGGUUUUGGGGCGGCUUUUGAUGUCAUUUUGGAUGCUAUUUUGUUAUUAUGAUUACAUUUUAUAGGCUAUUCAUUUCAUUUAUUAGGAUUAUGAUAUUAUUUAUUCUUGUGAUUAUAUUUAUUACUGGUAUUAUUUAUUCCGUAGGUUUUCCAUUUUUAUUCUUUUUUUAUGUUUUUUUUCUUUGUUUGUUUUGUACACGUUUUCCGCAUUCAUGUCAUUUUAUUUUGAACUGCUGUUGUACCAACGCUAGUUUACAGCGACAGAGAGAGACAGCGAGAGAGACGGUGUACGUUAAGGUUUGUUUAAAUAUCACGCAUUUGAUAUAAAAGCAACAGUAGCACACUUGAUUUGCAACAGGUCUGAUUGUGUGUGUGCAUGUCAGUGUGUGGAAUGCUUGAGGUUGAUUUUACCAGUAUUAUUACUAUUAUUAUUGUUAUUAUUUUACUUAUCACGUACAGUAAGCAGAUGAUAGUUGUAACCCACCCCCACUGCAUGAACCCGUAAACAAAUGACAACAAGAAGAAGAGUUAUGCACGGUGGUCUCUUUUUGCAGCUCCAAUGAUUUCAUGUCUUGGUCACUCACUAAGGGCUCGCUCGCUCAUCACGGGGAAUGCUUUAAUCACCUCCUGGAUUAGUCUGCUCAACUGGGCAGGUAAAUGAAGGGACACGUUUCACAAGAUAACUGCAGUAGUGGGUUGGAUGUUUUGUUUGUUUUUAGGAUUUUAAGGGCGCUCAUUGUGUAGUAAUGGCUGUGUUUACAAGCUGCGGGCUGAUAACGCACAACGCUAAUUCGGUGUGAAAUAGCUAGGCAUUGGGCAAAAUCCAGAAGGCAGCGUCAUUAGUAUGAGGACCACACAACAUCAAAUACCAGGAGAUUAAUACCAAAGUUGGAAUUUUCCAAAAUCAAAUGAGUGAAUGAGAAAAAACACUUUUAUCUGCGCAAAGUUGAAAUUUCAAGUAUACUAAACACAAUGUACUGUAAGUGGUAAUCUGGACAAAAACAUACAUACGUAACUCAUUCAACCCCUUCAGUAGCGGCCAUUUUAGGCGAUUUUGACUGAUCUUUCAAGGCACACAGAACAUUGUGUUCUACGGCGAUGUAAACAUGGAACCCACCGAAAGAAAGAUUAGACUGUUGUCUUACGUCAGGAAAAAGAACGCUUGUUUCUACCUUUUUCCGUUCUUUAGUAAUCAGCAGUAGAACAUACGUAAGUUUCAGGGAAAUAUCGGUUCCCAACAAAAAAGGGAGAAAACCAUCUUUUUGUGAAAAGACACAUUUCAAGCAUAACUUUGACUUUGACACAAAUAUUUUUUGCUUUUGGGGUAUGCUGGAGCCUAUCCCAGCUGACUUUGGGAGAAAGGCGGGGUACACCCUGGACUGGUCGCCAGCCAAUCACAGGGCACAUAUCGACAAACAACCGUUCCCACUCACAUUCAUAGUCACCAAUUAACCUAACAUGCAUGUUCUUGGAAUGUGGGAGGAAACCGGAGAAAACCCACGCAUGCAUGGGAAGAACAUGCAAACGCCACACAGAGACUCGAACCCAGGUCUUCCUGAUCUCCUGACUGUGUGGUCAACAUGCUAACCACUCGGCCGCACAACUAUACCAACAAACAACACAAAAAUGGGUUGUUUUACAUUAAAAUAAGAAUUUAUUUACAAAUAUAACACCAUGAACGCCUGUGUGCAUGCGUUAAAAUUCCCCUACAAUGCGUAACCUUCUGCACGCUGCACUUCCACGUCCUCCUUGCUGUUGAGUGUGUAAAUACAUGCAAAAGAGCCAUGCCGAGCGCUCAUCAAAUGCACUUCUGCCACCUUGUGGCCGUUUUUAUGGCUUAAAACUGCUUGAAAAGUGACUUCUUUUAGUCUGCAGUUGCGUCAUCACCUGUUUUUGCCUCUCGCGCAAAAGAGUGUAAAAAACGUAUUAAUACGUCUUUGGGAUUGGGCGUUCGGUGUUUAUAAAAACAUAGAUACACGUCUUUGGUAUUGAACGAGUUAAUGAGAAUAAAGCCGUAAUAGCACAAGAAACAAUACUUCAUUUAUUAAAAUAAAGUGGGAAUAUUGAAGGGAAAAAGUGUACUUUUACAAAAAUAAAGUAAAAAAUGAGGGUGUUAUAUUACCAGAAAAAUAAUUGCACAUGUUUUAGGGGAAUAAAGUUGCGAUUUUUGUUGCAAACUGUGAAAAUAUUUUAAAAAAAUAAAGUUGUACUUAAAAAAAAAAGGGUCAAAUUUUCGAGAACAAUAAAAUGUAAAAUGUUUUUUUUUCCCUCGUAAUAUUAUGACUUUAUUCUCUGAACAUUAUGACUUGUUGACUUUACUCAAGUUAAUGUACACAACUUCAGACUUUCAUCUUCUUUUUUUUAACUCAGAUUUUUUUUAAUGCUGUCACUUUAUUCUCGUCAUAUUCUGACUUGAUUUGAAGAAAUUUUACGACUUCGUGUGGGAAUUUUGACAUUGCCCUUGGAAUUACAAACACUUUCUCAUAAUAUUACCACUUCAUUCUUAUAACAUGCCAACAUUAUCAGCAUAUAUUGCUUAUAAAUACGUAAUUGUUCGACCGUACAGCCCAAGCCUUAGCUAGCUCACACUGAAUUUGUGACAUCACGUCUGACUGUUUGCAUUGAAGCGUCCUUCCUUUGCUUUUGGGGGAAGAGCCUCACUGCCACCACUGCCUCCUGCUGGUAGGAUAAGGAACAACAUGGAAGUCAGGUACAGACGGGACCUUUUCUUUUUCUAUUGUCGCUGCCUCCUCCAAUGAACUGGUUAUCUUGUAUUGGAUCAAUUCUUUCUUCCUUCUCACCACCCCAUCAACACUGCAACCUAACAUUCCUGAACUUUAUGUUUUCUGCAUGAAAAAAUAAAAUAAAAUCAAUCAUUUGAGGAUAUUUGUUCUAAUGGACCUGAAAUAGAAAUUCUUGUUUGGAAAUCUGCAUGUGUGGACUCUUCUGUCUCUUCUGGUUUCUGAAUUUAAUUUCAUGUGUGUUGGUUAUCAAUAAAAGCAGUACUACUAGUAAAUGUCUAACUAGUCAUACCUG